AUGAUCCACAGAUUUUUCGGUGAACUUCUUCUUGCCUUUCUAGCGAAGGAGAUUUGUAGCACCUCCAUGUUGGUCGACGCAAAGACCCGGCUGAAUGCAUCAACCAAUGGGGAAAGAGUUUACAAUGUCUCGCCCACUGAAACGGAAGAGGACAUGGAAGAAGAGAGUGAAGAGCUCCCAUUGACCAGCAAAGUGGUCUACGGAGUAGUUAUCCCUGCGAUGGCUGUGGUCUGUAUCAUUGGAAACAUUCUUACGAUAUUGUCCUUUGUCCAAGAUCGAAAACUACAGACAGUCCACAACACAUAUCUGAUGAGCUUGGCCGUAUCGGAUCUCUUGAUUGGCUGUAUAAGCAUGCCGUUUUACGCCGUCUACACUCUAAUGGACGACACUUGGCCGUUUGGAGUUGAAUUUUGCAAGAUUUUCAUGUGUAUAGAUUUUCUGGCUUGUCUGGAUUCCGUGUUCACCAUAAUGUUGGUGAGCUAUGAUCGUUGUAUGCUGCUCUUACAAGGAGCAUCCUAUUCAAUCAAACAGACAUCAAGAGCUGCGAAAAUCCGGAUUAUGAUUUCCUGGUUCAUCGCCUUCCUCAUGUACGUACCGGCCAUUGUGUUUUGGGAUGUGGUCCGAGGAUACAGUGUCGUGGAAGAAGAGGAUUGUGACGUGGAAUUCUACGACGACUUUAUAUUUAUCAUGGCCACUUCGGUCGUUGAGUUUCUCAUACCGCUUGCCACUAUCACGUCUCUGAACAUUUUCCUUUAUACUCUCAUACUGAAGCGUGCUCGGGAAGCCCCUGGGAACAAAAUGGCGGACAAACUAGGUAAACUUGAUGGGGACAAAGACAAACGUAACAUGAUAAAACGGGAGAGGAAGGCGGCUCGUUCUUUGGCUAUCCUGGUCAGUGUGUUUACUGUGUGCUGGAUGCCAUACACCGUCUGCACAGUUAUCGUAGCUUUCUGUGACGGCUGUGUCCCGGCUGACCUCUACGAGGCCUUCAACUGGCUGCUAUGGGGUAACUCUACCCUGAACCCAUUUCUGUACGCCUUCACCAGCAAUCAGUUCCAAAUAAACUUUAUCCGUCUACUUGGUUUGAAGAAACUUUGCUUUUCCAGCAAGAGGGUUGCCCCCAAAGAAAUGAAAUCGGACUCUCUACCGGACUGA